AUGUUGAAAAGUUCAUUGUACGUCGAUGAUUUGUAUUUUGGAGCUGAAAGCGUGGAAAAAGCAUUUCAGUUGUCAUCUGAUGCAGUAUCAGUUUUGAAAGAUGGGGGUUUCAACUUAAGAAAGCUCAGAUCUAAUUCAGUUGAAUUGGAAUCUUUAUGGGUUGACCAGGGUCUGAGUACUAGUGAGUGCUUGGAAAGUUGUCAGUUAAAGGUGUUGGGGUUGAAUUGGAAUACUAAGGAGGACAGUUUGUCAUUAGAUGUAAAAUCUUUGUUGAGUAAUUUAUCUUCGUUGAAAAAUACUAAGCGUUGUGUGCUGCAGACAGCCGCAAUGAUAUUUGAUCCAAUGGGUUUUUUAUCUCCCUUUGUUGUAAGAAUUAGAUGUUUAAUGCAAGAUAUUUGGAAAAUAGGUGCAGAUUGGGAUGAUGAAUUGCCAGAGAAUUUGACUUUGAAGUGGAGGAAGUGGUAUGGGGAGAUUAAAGAUUUAGAUUUAAUAACGGUAGAAAGAUAUUUCUUUUUAAAUGUGAGUGACCUUAGGGAUUCUGUUGAAAUACACAUAUUUUCGGACGCGUCAUUAGUGGCUUAUGGUGCGGUUGCAUACUUUAGGUAUAGUAAUAAGAAGGGUGAAGUUUCGACGUCCUUUAUAAUGUCAAAAGUCAGAGUGGCACCGUUGAAAAAGUUAACGCUUCCGAGACUGGAAUUGUUAGGAGUGUUAGUGGCUGCAAAAUUGUGUAAAUAUUUGUCUGGUUUAUUUAAUAAUUCGUCUGAUAGAGUAAUAUUAUGGACGGAUUCAGAAAUCUGUUUGUGUUGGAUUAGAGGUUCAUAUAGGGAGUGGAAACAAUUUGUUGCAAAUCGUAUUUGUCUUAUUCAAGAUAUGACUUCGCCUAGUGUGUGA